UUCUUUUCUUUUAUGUCUACUGACGUGUCUACCUUGGUUCAAUCACUUCAUACUACUUUCUCAAGUGGUCUUACAAAAAACAAGGAUUUCCGUAAACAACAACUUGGGAAUCUAAAGCUUUUCUUUAAAGAAAAAGAAAAAGAGAUUAUUGAAGCCAUUCACAAGGAUUUCCGUAAACAUGAACUGGAGACAUUGAUUGGUGAAAUUGCACCUGUGGUUGCUGAAAUUGAUUAUAUGCUUCAAGUAAGGAAUGAUUCCCCAUAUCAGAUUAAUCAUCAUCAUCAUCAUCAUUCUGUAGCAUUUGGAUACAUUGACAAAGACAACAGUCCUUAAACCCCAAUUUAAAAUGAACAUGUUGGAUCAAUGUACUGUUCGUAAAGAACCCAAAGGUGUUGUCUUGAUCAUUGGUUCUUGGAAUUAUCCUAUUCAUUUGUUAUUAUUACCUGUGGUGGGUGCCAUAGCAGCUGGUAAUUGUAUUGUGAUGAAGCCAUCUGAAGUAGCAAGCCAUACUUCAGAUUUGAUUGCUACUUUGAUUCCUCACUAUUUAGAUCAAAGAGCUUAUCAGGUUGUACAAGGUGCUGUGCCUGAAACAACUCUUUUACUUGAACAACAGUUUGAUCAUAUCUUUUAUACGGGGAAUAGUCAAGUAGGCAAGAUAGUGAUGCAAGCUGCCUCUCGUCAGUUGACACCUGUCACUUUGGAACUAGGAGGAAAAUCACCUGUGAUUAUUGCGCCUGAUGCAGAUAUACAGACAGCAGCGAAUCGUAUCAUGUGGGCUAAGUUGUUUAAUGGAGGACAAAUUUGUGUUGCACCUGAUUAUGUCUUGAUUCCUCAAUCUGCAGCACAAGAAUUCGUAGACCGAUGCCGAACCAUUGUCUAUGAACGAUUUGGUGAUCAACCACAGACAUCCGAUUCAUUCUGCCGUAUGAUCAAUGGACGUCGUUUUCAUGCUCUAAAGAAACUGUUGGAUGCAACAGAUCCUGAUGCCAUCGUGGUAGGGGGUGAAACAGAUGAAGCUGAUUUGUAUGUAGCACCUACUGUGGUUUAUCCUGUACAACCCACAGACCCUGUAUGGAUGGAAGAAGAAAUCUUUGGUCCUAUUCUUCCUAUUGUACCUGUUCAAGAUAUGGAUGAAGCCAUUGCUAUCAUCAAUGUCAAACCUACACCCUUAGCCCUCUAUAUCUUUACAGACCAUCAUGCCACCCGAGAAAAAAGUAAGUUAGUCUAAAGAACUCAACUCAUACGACUAUAUAGUCUUGAAUCAGACACAAUCAGGUACUGUAGUUGUGAAUGAUCUACUGAUGCAAGUACAAGAACUCUCGAUGCCCUUUGGUGGUGCUGGCCCAAGUGGUAUGGGUGCUUACCAUGGACCUAAAUCAUUCGAGACAUUUACUCAUGAACGCAGUACGAUGAUCAAGUCGUCUGGCUUAGAGGGUAUCAUGGCUGCAAGAUACCCUCCUUAUACAGACAGUAAGAAAGUCUUGUUUACUCUGUUGACCAUGGGAUUGCCUGAAGGCUUUAUUGAAAAGAUAAAGUCAAUUGUCCAUGCUGUUCGUUCAGCUCGCCGUGUCUUUUCUUGACCCUUAGGAUUCUUUUUGCUGCUAAUUAAAUAAUUUAGUUGAAUAACACACAAAGAUGGACUUACCUUGGCUUGCCAUGCUUGAGCCAU